AGCUCGUUUCCUGUGCUAAUUAACAAGUCGUGACAGUGCGCUGGGCCUGGGUCGGCCGGGUACCUGUUAAUGUGAAAGGUUGCAUUUUGUCAACUUUCCACGUGAAAGUUAUCGAUCUGUGAGUUCAAAAGUAUAUCAUUAUUUAUUGAAGAAACUCUGCCAAAAUGCCUCUUGAAUUUGAGCUAGCCCCUGGUCGAAUGAUUGGUGGUGAUCACCCGUGUUUCAUCAUCGCAGAGAUUGGACAGAAUCACCAAGGAGACAUCAAUAUAGCCAAACAGAUGAUCAAAAUUGCGAAGGAGGCAGGGGCAGAUUGCGCUAAAUUUCAAAAGUCAGAACUUCAGUACAAGUUCAACAAAGCAGCCCUAGCACGUCCAUAUACCUCCAAGAAUUCAUUUGGCAGAACCUAUGGAGAGCAUAAACGCUUCUUGGAAUUCAGCCAUGCACAAUACAAAGAACUGCAGGAGUAUGCUAAAGAAGUGGGUAUUUACUUUACAGCAUCUGGCAUGGAUGAGGUAAGGAAACGGGAUAAAACUAAAAGUGAUGUUAAGAUGACGAGAGGAAUGAUGACAGUGGUUUGGAAAUGACAGCAAUAAUGACAAAGACACUAACGUGACCUGUAUGGCAGUAGGUACAUGUACAUAAGGGGUCAUCCAUUUUUGUCAUCAUUUUUACAAGUGUUCAAAGUGUACUCUUUUUCCUGGCUCCCCUCCCCUCUCUAAAAGAGUACAAAAUAAAAUGAUGAUUUCUCUGUGGUGCCAGAGGACCCAUUCUUACUCAGGAUGUACGGCUGUUCAUGUGCAGUAGACGACCAGAGAAUAGUGGCAGGAGGAAACACCAUGUCCAUGAUAGGCCUUGACACUCACGGUAUUCUGAUUGUGCGGGACAAAUAUCUUCUUUCAGUUUGGGCAAGUAAAAAUUAAGGACAAAUUGCCUGAU